AUGCACUGCCACACCUGGCCCGAGGAUUCAUUUCUUACACAGCAUUAUGCAGUUUCCAGUGAGCCUAAUGGCUGGAGUGCUGUGCCAACUAAGGGAAGGGCUUAUGCGCACGCGCGCCUGCUGGUGGGCGCGCUGCGUGCCCGCCUCGGCCGCCGCCCACUUCUUUCUCGCCGAGCUCGCGCGGUCUCUAGCUCCUGGAGCGCGCCUUUUGCCGGCUCUCCUGCGCCUGCGCCCAGGUGUCGGCGCCUAGGGGGAGGGGGAACCCGGCGCGCUCGCGUCACGUUCGCUCUUCCAUCCUCCUGGGCACCGCCGCUCUGCGCCUGCGCUGGAGAGUCGCGAGGCUCUAGGGUUGCAGAGUCCGGGGCGAUAGCUCCUGUCAGUCGUGGGUCGGUCCUCCUGCCGGCCCACCUUCUUCCUCCUUCUCCGGGGGGAGGCGCGGUGGAGUCCGCCCCUAGGUUCCCCCGAUGGGGGAGAAGCGGCGACGGCAGCAGUGGAAUAACCGAGCCGGAGCGUGAGCGGCCCCGUGGUUCGGUUCACCGCGGAGGCCAUGGGCGACGGGCGACACACUCCCUGCGGCGAGGGAGCCUGGUGCUGCGCGCUUCACGUGUUCCGGGGCGCCCCCUUCCACCGGCUCCACUUCCCUCAGGGAUCCCUGCCCCUUCCCCAGGCUCUCGCGGUUGGUGGGUCUCCGCCCUCUGCUCUCCUCUCUACUUGCUGCAGAUUCUGGGAGCCAAUUCAGUCUCCACCCUGUGGUGUACCGCCCCCACACUUUCCUACCACCCCAGCCUUUACUUUGGGGUUCGGUACUCCCUCCGAGGUAUUUGA